UGCUGUCAAAAAGUUGUGAAUGAGCGAACUGCGCCCGUCGUCUGUAAAGAAAACAGACGAAUAUAUAGUUGUAAAAUAAGUAAAAAGUUAGUUAAUGUUGCGUGUAAACUGAGUCUCGCCAAGUGUAGGGGGUAAAUAUUAGUUUAAUUGUUCUAUUGUUGUUAAUUUAAUUAGUUUCAAGCGUCUUCUCUUAAGUCAUAAGCGAUGUUGAAUGGGAGGUGUCAUCUGGUAUCUCUAUAUUGACGACUGAGUGAACGAUUUGCUAGAUGCUUGUUUGGGAGGAUUGAAAUUUAUCGGAUUGCGAGCCCCACAAAACAAUGAGUACAGGUAUAGUUAAGUAUUUGAAAAGUCCCGUGCACGGGAAUGGACAAUUUAAGCCGAACGAGGCUGAUCCGGUGGAGGAGAAAGCUACGGAAGCGGAGUCCGUCGCUGUUUGCCCCAGCGCUAGUAAUGCAGAACCGAGUGCUGGUCCAAGUCAGAGGUCAAAAAGUGAGGAAGAUCGAAUAAUCGCUGAGAAUAUGGCUUCCGUACUAAAAUCGUUGAAAAAGAAACGAAACCAUAAAUGCAGUAGACGAAGGCGCAAUGAGGAGCACAGGGGUCGGGACAGGCAUCGGGUAACCGAUGAAAAGAAUGAGGAUGGAUUGAUAGAAGUGAUUAAGGUGGUGCAAGAAGAUGCUAUAAGACGAUCUCCCAGGAAAGUUAGUAAAAAUGCGAAGGACUUCGAAAAAGAAAAAUCACCCGUACAAGAACCAACAGUAAAUAAGUCGAAAAAAGUCAAUGCAUUUCAGUUGAUGAUGAGUUCGAGGAACAAAGCGAUCGGCUCGAAUUCCCCUGGAAAAGAUGAUGCUGGGUUGGGAGAAGAAGACCCCGAAGCUCAGUUGAAGCGUGGUGACAAAAUAAAGCGCAAACUGAAAUUGGAAGAAUGGGCAGAACGAAAGGGUGCAGGAAAGCGGAAGCUACAGGAAUCAGCCGAGGAGGAGUUUAUUGCUAAUCAGCUAAAUCGCAGAGCAAAGCGAAUGAAGCGACUUAUUAAAAAUAUGGAAACAAAUGGUAGCGAUGACGAUGCCGUAGUAGAAACAACUGCAACAGAAAGUGCGAAGCGCACUAAGUCGAAGCCACCAAAAAAAGAACGACCCGCAGCUAGUUUAAAGUUGAAAGCCCGACAAGGGUGGCAGCGAUUGUCGUCGGAGGAUUCUACCCAAUCGUUAUCAAAUGGAAUGGUAGGUGGCGUGGCAAACACAGAGAAGUCUCCAAGUAGGAAACCAAAAGAUGAUAAUUUUGUUGAUAAGUUGAGCUCUCCGUUGAAGAAGAAGGAUAGUUUGUUGGGUUAUUUCAGCAAAGUUGCAGGAAAAGAUAAUUCGCCGGGAAGCACAACUGAAGAGAAGUCUCCUGCCGGCAGUCGUAUCCGGGGUUGCAAAUCUAAACCAAAAGAAGAGUCACCUGUGAAAUGCGUUGCUAUUGAUCAGGUCACACCUGGCGAGAAUCUACCAGCAUCGGAGAGCACCGAUAGUAUCGCUAAUUCCGGCCGGCCGCGGCGGUCGUGUGCUAGUAAAGUGAAAGAUUAUGCUGUCUUUGCUGGCACUAGUCCGGAGAAGGAAGUCGGCGUUAGGCGGACAAGCAGUCGGAAGGCGAUGGUUACACCGCUGAAGAUACUGAACGUGGGCUCACCGCAAACUAUUAAGGUGAUAAAAUCGGUACGCAGCUUGAGUAUAGAUUCGGAACCUCCUUCAACACCGAAAUCGUCCAAAAAUGUGAAACUCGCUCCAGUGUUUGUCAAAAAACCGGUCGAAGAUCCAGAGAAAGUUCGCGCCAAACAGGAGUUUUUAAUGUCAGGAAUUCCUGAGAAAAUGCGCCUGGAAAUCGAAAAACAACGUUCUUUCGAGGAAUCAGUUUUGAACGAAUCGCCUGUGUUCCCACUGAUUAGUCACAUACAGCAGUUGGAUUCGCCGAAGAAAAGCAUUAACACUUCGCUUAAAAACAGCAGGAUUAAAGUGCUGCUGGAAUCACCGGAAAAGUGUGAUGCUGGGAGUAAGCAGAGGGAGGAAGAGUUCGAGUAUAGUACAUUGACGAGUUGUGAUGAUGAAAUUGUAGAGGACAUCCUAGCCAGGCUAAUUGAUGUUGGGAAUCCGGAUGCCAUCUAUAGUUUAGAAUUGCCCGACGUGGCUAAUGUUAAGGGUAUCGUUCGCGAGUGGAAACAAAUCUAUCGUCAUUUUCCCGUGUUCAAAUGCUACAAACAAUUUCGAAGCAUGUACGAAGAGCAUGUUGAGGUUGGUUCUCCACCUGGAAAACAUUAUCACAAAGAGGCGGACGCGGAAGACAGCAUCGAGCUGGUAGAGCCAUACUUUGCUAAUUUUAAUGGAGAGAUUUUGUUUACCGAAAAGUACAAACCAACCUGUUUGGAUCAUAUCUUGGUGAACUGCCAGCCGGCAAUUGCACUUAAGAAAUUUCUUUCUACUUGGAAAGAGGACCGUUCGUCAGUUCAGUACGGUUCGGAAGAUGACUUCGAAGGUUCAAAUUCUAGUGUUUCGUCCAGUUCGACAAAUAUAUGUAAUCACGUGGUACUGGUGGGUCCUACGGGAUGCGGUAAAACGUGCAACGUGUACGCCAUUGCAAACGAAAUGAACUUUAACGUUCUCGAACUGAAUGCUAGCAGUCGGCGGAAAGGUAAGAUCAUUCUCCAGGAGCUGCAGGAAGCGACCCAAAGCCAUCAAGUGCGCAGGAAAGAUGAACAGGUCGAUAUUUUUAAGAAAGCACUUGCUCGAAAAAAUAGUAAAUCUAAGCUGCGAAAGCUAUCAACCGAUUCCGAUGGCGGAGUAUCAUCGAAGAAGCUCUCACUGAUUUUAAUCGAAGACGCCGAUAUUGUGUUUGAUCAGGAUGAGGGAUUCGUUGCGGCCAUAAAUCAGCUGAUUUCCACCUCCAAGCGUCCGAUCGUUUUGACCACGACAAAUCAGAACUGUCCGCACCUGUCACGAUACAUCGGCAACAACGUAAUCCGAUAUGUGGCACCCGGAAUCGGCCACGUGGCCAAGCUGCUUUCAGUGUUGGCUUUGGUUGAAAAAGUUCACAUCGAUCAGAAUGAUCUCGCGCGAUUAUACGCUUUGAAUCGAAAGGAUCUUCGAAAAACGGUGAAUGAGCUACAGUUCUUCAUUCAAACCGGGGGCGAUCGGAAUCAGACGGAACAGUUUGAUCCCGAAACACCACUGGAACUGGAAGAAGAGAAUGGUACGCCUUCUGUACUGGCAGUUGAUGAUGAAGCCUCCCGGCAGUCGAAUGUUUCGUCCACCACCUCGGAGGUUGUUGCCGUAUCUUCUCGAAAACAUACAUCUCUUUUUCGGUUGUUCAAUCGUGACCAGAAUAAUCCAGAUCAGCUGAUUCGAAUGCCACUGAACUUCGAUAAUCUCUGGUGCAAUAUGGAGCGGGUGCUACAGACGGUGCCUGUUACCGUUUCGAAGGCGAAGAAACGAAAGAAAAAAGGUACGAAUCACAAGCAACAGGUGGAUCUUGGCGAACUGGAAGAGCUGGUGUUCUUCUAUCAAAACGUCUCCUCGGCGGCGCUAGUACAACGAGAUACUAAGCGCGACGAAGAUCGGUUGGUGAAUUACUUGGAGGAAGAAAUUGCGCACGAUUUAGUGGAGGAUUGUUGGGAACGAUGGUUCGAGGGCGAUCUUGAUCAGGAGCCAGUGCCAGACAGACGACGCAGUGGAGUUGGUGCAAUGUGUUAUGACAGUCUUAAGCAAUUCGAUGCUGAAGAAUGUCAACCAAUCUCUGCCUACAUUGGUAUUAAUCCAAUACGCACCCGGUCAACGUACUGCGAUUACGAGCCAUACCUACGCACCAUUUGCCGCUACGAACGAGAACGCUCGAAGCUGGAGCGACGUGGCAGUCGCUUUUAUCACUAUCUCCGGAACUUUAUGUACACCAGUGCGAAUCCGGGCCCGAUGGGCGUCGGUGGCAGCAUGGUAACCAAUUUCAGUGUGGAUCACUUCGAUGCACUAAGCACCCGCUUCGAGGAGGAUCCCAUUCCGGCGGUGGAAUCGUCAGACGAGAGCCGCUAGGAUGCGUACAAAGAGUGCUCACAAUAUAUAAGACUAAACGAUUGAACUUUAUUUCAAAGGAUGCCUUUUCUGCACAAUGUUUUUUCUUCAUGCUAUUAGAUUAAAAUUAGUGGCCUAGAAUCUAAUUAUUUAUUUCACAUUCGGUCGGCGCAAAAGUAUAUCCUCGUAGCACUUCACUUUGAUGUCACUUAAUGGUGAUUAAUAAACACGAUUGAUCUUACAUUUAUGGUGUAG